AUGGACGGCGAUAUCGAGCUCGCUCCAACCCUCUCAAACAUCCACCACGCCCCAACACCCUCCCAAUCCUUCUCAGCCCUCUCCGUCCACGAAACCCUCGACCGCCUCCACACCUCCCCAACCCACGGCCUCUCUCCCUCCGAUGCUCGCUCCCGUCUGUCCCUCCACGGCCCCAACGAAUUCGAAGAAGAAGAAAAAGACCCACUAUGGAAGAAGUUUUUAGGUGGCUUCACGGAGCAACCACUCAUUUUGCUGUUGAUGGCGAGUUCGGGGGUUAGUCUCGUCGUGGGGAAUGUCGAUGAUGCGGUGAGUAUCGUCGUUGCAGUGAUGAUUGUUACGACGGUUGGGUUUGUGCAGGAACAGAGGUCUGAGAAGUCGUUGGAGUCGUUGUCGAAGUUGGUGCCGCAUUAUGCUCAACUCAUUCGGUCCACUGACUCCGAAGGUCUUGCGGGGCCGGCUCCGACGACGGUGUCGGCAAGCACCCUCGUACCGGGUGAUUUGGUGACGUUUUCGACGGGUGAUAGGAUCCCGGCUGAUGUGAGGCUAUUGGAAGCGGUGCAUUUGGAAAUCGAUGAAUCGAACCUUACGGGCGAAAACGAACCCUGCCUAAAAUCCACCCCAGAAGUCCGGUCGCACAACCACCAUGAAGACCCCAACCACGGCCCCGCAAUAACCGAGAGAAAAAACAUCGCAUUCAUGGGGACCCUCGUCCGCAACGGCCAUGGCCGGGGCGUCGUCGUCGGCACCGGAAAAGAGACGGAAAUUGGUGCGGUGUUUAGCAUGAUCUCCACAACCCAAAAACCCAAAACCCCCCUCCAAAACAACAUGGACGCCCUCGGCUCCCAAUUAUCCUACCUCUCCUUCCUCCUCAUCGGCCUCAUCCUCCUCCUCGGUCUCCUUCAAGGCCGCCCCUGGCUCGAUAUGUUCACUAUCGGAGUUUCCCUCGCCGUCGCGGCCAUCCCGGAGGGUCUCCCACUCGUGGUUACGGUGACGCUUGCGUUGGGGGUGCUGAGGAUGGCGGAGAAGAAGGCGAUAGUGAGGAAGUUGGUUAGUGUUGAGACGCUGGGGAGUGUUAAUGUUGUUUGUAGUGAUAAGACGGGGACGUUGACGGAGAAUCAUAUGACGGUCACUAAACUCUGGACUGUCGAUCCUGCCAAUCUUUCUCCUGUCCAAGUCAAAGAGGAGAAUGGAGCGGCGGCGGGGGUCGCGGUGAAGAAUUUGUUGAGGGUGGGGAGUUUGUGCAAUAACGCCCACACCGCCGACCUCGGCCACUUUGUCGGCCAAGCAACCGAUGUCGCACUCCUCGAAGUCCUCGCAAAAUACGGUAUGGAAGACCCCCGUUCCCUCGUCAAACGCGUCCACGAAACCCCCUUCAACUCGGAACGAAAAUGGAUGUCGGUCGCGGUCAAAGCGGGGGAUGAGAAGACUGUUACGGUGUGUGUCAAGGGCGCACUCGAGGCGAUUUUGGGGAGGAGUGAGGGGUGGAUGAACAAAGAUGGGAGGAUUGAGAAGAUUACGGAGCCUGUGAAAAAGCAAAUUGUGAGUGUUUCGCAUGGGAUGGCGGAGGAGGGAUUGAGGGUCUUGGCUAUGGCUAGUAGGACCUCUAAUUCGGAGAGGGCGGCGGAUGAGGGUGAGCUUACGGGAUUGUGUUUUGCGGGUUUGGUGGGGAUGUACGACCCCCCCCGCCGCGACAUCGAGCGCUCGAUCUCAAAGCUGUUAAAAGGCGGCGUCAAAGUCAUCAUGAUCACCGGCGACUCCGAAACAACAGCCGUAUCCAUCGCGAAACGCCUCGGCAUGCAAAUCGGUAGCGACCACGUUAAUGAGAAGGGACAACAUGAGAGUGUGUUACGGGGUUCCGAUAUCGAGAAGAUGAGUGAGAGAGAGUUGGAGGAGGUGAUGGGGCGGGUUGUUGUUUGUGCGCGGACGACGCCGAGGCACAAGAUGAAGAUUAUUCGAGCGCUACAGUCGAGGGGGGAUAUUGUUGCGAUGACGGGGGAUGGGGUUAAUGAUGCCCCCGCGCUCAAACUGGCGAAUAUUGGGAUUAGUAUGGGGAAGAGUGGAACGGAUGUCGCGAAGGAGGCUGCGGAUAUGGUGUUGACCGACGACUCCUUCGAAACGAUCCUAGGCGCAAUCGAGGAAGGAAAAGGAAUCUUCUCGAAUAUCCAGAACUUCAUCACGUUUCAGCUGUCGACAUCUAUCGCGGCACUCUCGUUGGUUGCGUUGGCUACGUUGUUUGGGUUGCCGAAUCCGUUGAACGCUAUGCAGAUUUUGUGGAUUAAUAUUUUGAUGGAUGGGCCUCCGGCGCAGAGUUUGGGUGUGGAGCCUGUUGAUCCGGACGUGAUGAAUCGGCCGCCGCGAGCGAGGGAUGCGCAGAUUAUUACGAGGAAGUUGAUUGGGAGGGUUCUUACGGCGGCGGGGUUGAUGGUUGCGGGAACGAUGGCGAUAUAUGUGUUGGAGAUGACGGAUGGACACGUUACUGCGCGCGACACGACGAUGACAUUCACCUGUUUUGUGUUGUUCGAUAUGUUUAACGCACUCACAUGCCGUUCCCCAACCCGCUCCGUCCGUCAAUUCGGACUCACGUCGAACAAAGCAUUCAAUUUCGCGGUCGUGGCGUCGUUGUUGGGACAACUCGCCGUCGUGUACGUUCCGUUCUUUCAGCGGAUUUUCCAGACGGAAGCGUUGGGGUUGAGUGAUUUGGGGUUGUUGGUGGUUAUUGCGAGUAGCGUGUUGUGGGUUGAUGAGAUUCGGAAGUGGAUGGGGAGGAGGGACGCGGCGAUGAGUUCGGGAAAUGGGUAUAGCGAUGAAGUCUGA